AGUCGGAACCAACUCGACGGCAACGGGUUUGUUUCUCUGGUGCACAUAGUGUCCUUUCUUCUGUGGCUCAAUGGGGCCCAAGAGGGCCCAAGCCUUGGAUCUGAGGCCUCUGUGUUCCCUGGGGUGAAUGUGUUCUUAGGCCUGGGCCCAACCUUGGCUCCAGGCAGGUAUGGCUUCACCCAGUAGGGGGAGUAGGCUGAAGGGCUGCAGCUGUAGGCACAGCCAGCUCUCCCGGAGAAUGUGACCCCUUGUUGGAGAAUAAGAUAACAGCUAUUCCUUUAAGAGUACACAAAAAUAAUAUCCAGCAUCCCACCAAUCUUUAACAGUGAUUCUCUUUUUCUAACCUUUGUCCAUUGCUAAGUUUUUGUUUGGACUGUUGGAGUGUGGGGAAGUUCAAAGGCACAAAUAAUGGAACCUUGUUGAGUAAUGCAGCCGUCAUAAAAGUGAUGAUGGUUUACUUAGGAAAAGGUAGAGAAGAACGCGGCUUCGCUGCUCUCUUGAUCGUUCCUCCUUGUUCCCCAGUUAUGCCCCCUACCCCAGCCUGUGAGCGCACUCUCCUGAAGUGGUUUGCCUGCCCCAUCUCUGAGCAGAAAUCUCAUGGAUAAAUAUUGACAUAUUUGGGUUACAGAUGCCUGGCCCUCCAAACUCCUGCUGGGCUACAUUAACACACUGGGAUAACAUUUCUUGAGAACAAGAGCUGCUUUGGGAUAAACUAUGAUGCAGUUGACCCAUUCACUGAGAUCUUGCAAAGGUCAGCAUUGUGCUGGCCUCCAAGGACCUUGGGAUGGUGGAGGAUGAAGGUAGGGGCCUGGUCCCUGCUCUCCCUCUGGGAGCUUCUAAUCUAUUUGAGGAGAGAGGACUCAUAUACUGGGAAUGCUUGGAGGCUGUGUGCAAGGCAGCUGCAAAGAUCCCCAAAGAGGAUUUCUGCCCAGGUGGGAGGUAGUCUCUGUGACUGCCAGAUCCCUUCCAACACUUAAGUUCUCUUGUUUUAAGUGGAAUUCAGUCAAGUGACAAAAUGUCUGCUUCAGACAAUGAGGGAUGUGGGCCGGCAGGAAAGGGAUCUUGGCUGAUGUUCUGUGGGGAGGAUAUGGGAACAGGGAUGGGCUGUGGGGGACUGGUAGGCCUAGGCUGGGAGGAGGGAGUUGCUGUGGUUUGUUUAUCUGCUGGUGUUCAUCUCACUGAAAUGUCCCUGGACCUGCUCCUGGACCUCCAGCUCUCACCAGUGCCUCUUUCCCUGGGUGUCUCUCAGUUAUGCAGCCAAAAAGCCCAGUUCCUUUCUUGCUCUUGACCCAUCCUCUCUCCCUCUCUCCUAUCCUCCAAGCCUCUCAAGCUUGGACCCUGCACUUCUCUUCCCUGUCCUCUGAAAUGAGCUGGCUUGUUUUGUCAAGUGAGGCUGCUGCCCAGGCUGGGAAAUCCAAGGGCUGGUCUCUUCUCUGUGAGUUGGACCCCAGUGAAAACUGGAAUGCUGGAGGCCAGAGGCCAAGAAGACAGAAGUUCCCAGGCAGAGGGAAUGAACCACAGGCACUAAUGUGGGGAGCAGGGUCAGGCAGGAGGCAGAACUGGCCUGAUGAGUCAGAGGCCCAAGGAGAGAGAGCUGAGCAGCUCACUUUGGGGGUGGGGGCUGGUAAGCAGAGACUAUGACGAUGCUGGUCCAAAAUCACCUUUUCUACCCUGUGGGAUGGAUCGCCUACGUGUCUGGCUUCCAGCCAAGAAGCUUGGUUUCCUGCUCUUUGCUGCCUCCUUAGGCCAGUGGGAAGCCACAGAGCAGGCAGGGAAAGAGUUGGAGCGAUGCCAACAGCAAGCGGUCGAGGUGACGGAAAUCAUGCUCAACAACUUCGACAAGGUCCUGGAGCGCGAUGGGAAGCUGGCAGAUCUGGAGCAGCGUUCAGACCAACUCCUGGACAUGAGCUCCGCCUUCAGCAAGACGACCAAGACCCUGGCCCAGAAGAAGCGCUGCGAGAAUGUCCGUUGCCGAAUUUACCUGGGGUUGGCGGUGGGCGGCAGCUUGCUCAUCAUCCUGAUUGUGCUGCUGGCCAUCCUUCUCCCCCAGAAUAGUGAAGGCAGUAGUGCCCCCGAGGCCCAGGGUGCAGGCACAGCCUCAGGGCCUGGGGAUUGAGCCGGCUGGGCCUUUGGGAGAAGCUGAACAGCCACACGGCCGGUUCCGGUCCCCAGAGAACCCUGAUGUUCAUUCCCAUCUGAGCCAUCCUGGUGAGCUUCAAAGGACAGUCCCGAUGUGUGCACCUCUGCAUCUCCCAUCACGCCACAGACUGGCCCUUGAGAGCAGCCUGCUGCACUGGCCGUGCCAGGCCAGCCCCACCUGGAGCUCAGUAAAAGCUGCUGUUUGAUUAAAAGCCUGUACGUUUGUGUGUGUCUCUGAAGGUCCCCAGGUUGGUUCAUCUCCACCCUGCCCCACGCCUGGGGCUGCUUAGAAAUUCCACCACCCCUAGGUCUCCACCCUGGGAGGUGGCUUUUUCCUCUCCCUUUUCUCCUUUGUCCAACACUACGCAGGCAAACCUUUCUGGGGUACAGGUACAAGGACACAAUGGCCCCGAACCAGACCCUUGAACCAAUCCCCCUCCUCUGUUUCCCUGAGAAUGGAAUCUGUUUUUUUCUGGCAUCUUGGGGAUGCUCAGAAGAUCAGUAGGACUCCAGAUGGGAUGACAAAGAGGAAAAUACUUCACAGAUUUUAACAGCAUGAGGCCCUCCCUUACCAUCAGUCACUUUUUGCCCUCUGAAUACCCUUCCCCCUCCCCAGUUUCUCCACCCAUCUUCUUCCUCAAGAUUCUACCAAAUUACCCAUGAGGCUAGUGGCAGUGAAAACAAGGAAGGCUUCUGAGGUCCUGUAAUGAAGGGUCACAAAGAGUGGCCUGGAGUUUGCCUUGUAGGAAAGAAGUCAAGAUUUUCAAAGCUCCAGGGCUCACACAGGGCCACAAAGGAUCACUGGGCACGA